AUUUUGUUGGUCUAAUCGGAUCGAGACCGUUCCGUUAAAGCUACCAUGUAAUGUUUACUUCUUUUGAACAACGGCGUGUCGUCCUUGGUUAACACUGUUGGAGAUCGCAGAUGCGGUAUCUGAUGCCGUGUAAAUCACAUUUCCCCUGCGAGACACUCGUUAAAACCGCGGAAUCCCUUUUGCAUCGGCAGUAUUAGUGGUUCAUCCUGCGGUCCGUGUUCAUGAUGGCGAUGUUCCGCAGUUUUGUGUCUGCUGCUCAGCUCAGGCAGCAUCAGCAGCAAAAUGGAGCCGCUGCAGCCGCACCUGGGGAGAGCCUGGAGAGCCAGUUCUCCUGUCCCAUCUGUCUGGAGGUGUACCACAAACCUGUCAGCAUCGCAAGCUGCGCCCAUACUUUCUGUGUGGACUGUCUACAGCCGUGUCUGCAGGUGACAUCGCCUCUCUGUCCACUCUGCCGCAUGCCUUUCGAUCCAAAGAAAGUGGAGAAAUCCUCCAGCGUGGAAAAACAGCUCUCUUCAUAUAAGGCACCGUGUAGAGGGUGCAGCAAAAAGGUCACCCUGGUCAAAAUGCGGUCACAUAUUUCAUCUUGCACAAAGGUUCAAGAACAGAUGGCCAAUUGCCCAAAGUUCAUGCCUGUGGUCCCCACCUCACAACCCAUUCCCAGCAAUAUUCCAAACCGUUCCACAUUUGUGUGCCCGUACUGUGGCGCUCGCAACUUGGACCAACAGGAACUAGUGAAGCACUGCAUGGAGAGCCAUCGCAAUGACCCCAACAAAGUGGUAUGUCCAGUAUGUUCAGCUAUGCCUUGGGGUGACCCCAGCUAUAAGAGCUCCAACUUCCUGCAGCAUCUUCUCCACCGGCACAAAUUCUCCUAUGACACAUUUGUGGACUACAGUAUUGAUGAGGAGGCAGCUCUGCAGGCAGCACUGACCCUCUCACUGUCCGAGAGCUGAGAGUCUGACAUUAUAUCCUGCUCCACAGACACCUCUCACCUGUCUUGUUUUAGGCUGAAUAUUUUCAUUGUUUUCCUCUCACUCUACCUCUCUUCGCGUCUAUAUUUCCGAGCUACACUCCAGCUAGAUGCUGAAGUAGCUCUAUAGCUUGUUUGUCAGUUGCAUAACAUUUGAGCAAGGUUGUCACUUCCUGGAUUUUAAGGGAAGUAGCUUCUGGUUGUUUAUCAUAAUCAUCAUCAUGGUAAACAUCAAACCACCAACCAACAAAACAGUGAUGUAUGCAAAAAGUCAGUCAAAGGAAUAGAUAAAUUUCACCGUGCUUACUCGUUGUUCUUCCUAUUGUUUUCUAUCCAAAUGUGACAUAGACCCGGGCAAUGAGUGAAAAUCAGUACAGAGGGAUCAGCGCUCAAAAUAUUCAAGCGAAGCUGAAAAGUGAACUUUGUUGGGGUUGGCUGUCCUCGUGAUGAACUCUCAUCUUUAGGCAAUACCAGUAGAGAAUAGAGAGAACGAGUGAUUGAUCUUCAGCAUCCUCAUUAUAACUCAUUUCAUCAUUUAUGGAAUUCGGAAUACCAUCUGCCCUUUUUUAAUCAAGAGUUGAUGUGAAUACUUGCACUUGUCACAGUUUUCUACAUGUCUGAAUUCUAGUAUUGUUGUUAUUUUAUAGUUCAGUAACAGAAUAUUGACAGGACCGCAUAAUCUGCUCUUAACUUGCGACAGUAAUAUUUUCUAAGAAGCCUCAGAUAAGAUAAAAAUUUAUAUUUUUUUGGGAAAAAAAAAGUUUCAGUUUUAAAUGGUGCACUAAUAAUAAAAUGGCAAGCUUCUAGAGGUGUGCUGAAACGUUUUAUCUUUUAAUGUAUCCAUUGCUACUGUUCAUCUGUAUCACUCACUAGUGCUGACUUCAAGUCCUUUGGGAGAUUUUUAUUUACAAGUUCCAUAAUCUUAAUUAUAAUGUGACGUGAAAUCCAACGAUUUUGUCAGAAUAAGGAAAGUGUCCUUCUCUCUCGAUCAUUUAAAGAUAAAACAAUGAAAGCUUUUUAGCACAUAUUUUAUCAUUCGUGUACUCCCACAGAAAAUGAUGUGAAAUUUUUGCACACUUAGUAAUCACCAGGUGGCCAAAGAUUGAUUUAGUUAGCCCGCUGGUUGAACUUACACCCUCAAUUCCAGCUUCUGCCAUGAUUCUUGUAUUGAAAGGCUAGACUAAAUACAAUUGUUCCAAAAUGACUUGAAAUCAGCAUCGAUAUGGAGAAACAUCAGAACAUCCUAACAGGAAGUGAAAAGUGUGUAGUUGUACACUUUGGCCACAAAGUCAUUCAAACUUUUUUUUUUCUUUUUUUUUUUUGUCUUUUACUACUACUGGUACGAGGUUUGUACUUUGUUAGCGUUGAAUCCAAGCCUAUGUACAGUGUUAAGAAGCACUGCUGUUUAGAGGAGCACUGGUGUGAUAGGGUUACAGACAUACCUAAACAUAUUUGAAGAUACACCUUGAGUUGAGUGUUAAAAGAGAAACAUACUCGACACAGGUACACAAAUGUAAAUGCAAAAGCAUAGCACGAUGUUAAUGAUCUUUGUUUUCCUUUAUCCAAAAGUAUCUAAAAUAUGUAAAACCAAACAUGUUUCCUAGGAACUAUUCAGGAAUUUUGUUGUUAUAACAGUAUAAUAACUGUGGCAUUAACAAACCACAGUACUCAGAAUGUGAUAGUCACCUGCAAAUUUUUGUGCUGUUAAACUGGAUGUGUUUUAAAUAGCUAGAUAGAAGCAUGUUGACUUUUAUCAUACAAGAUUCUUGUCAAACUGUUGUUUCGCCAUGACCAUUCUUAAAAGAAAACUGCCUCUAGAAUAAAACCGCUUAGGCUGAUGUCUGCUAUAUUGCCAUUAUGGUAAUGAGGUGAAUAGAUACUUAUAUUAUGAAUUGUGCUCUGACACAUUUUGGAAUCGAACUAUAGCUUGAAUCAUUUGCGUUUAUGUACCUGCAUAGAGUUUGUUACAGGUCUACGAUGACGUGCUUCAAGCUUCUGAGUUUCUGUGACACUCUUAGUUUGGCAGAUUUGUUUGAUGCUGGUGCAUCAUUACGCAUUUGAUGUAGAUUUGAUAACUCUGCCAGGUGUAGUGGUUUUGAUAUAUUUAAAGCCAAACUUGACAAAAGAGUGGAAGACGGUUAGAGCUGGUUGGGAUUUUUUUUUUUUUUUUAAAUUACCAACUUUUUAAAGAAUGAGAUGAUAUUUCAACUUGUGAUUCAUUUCUGUGUUUAUAAGAGUGUUUGUUUAAUCUAUUGCAAUAGAGCUAUUGUGUUUAUCUCCGUUUUGUGAAUUGCUGUUAUUUUAGCAAGGUUAAGCGUGUCAUCACAAUCAUUGUCUAAUCUGAAACUCAGUGGCCAGGAAUGAAAUAGGUUUGAUUUCUGUAAAGAUCUACAGCAUGAGAGUAACCCUCCAUGACUGAAAUUGUGUGAUGUGAACAGUCAUUUGCUUCCGUAAAUAUCUUGCUGUCAGUUUCAAAUCAUUUAGAAAGUUUAAUGUGUAAUCACUUAGAGUGAUCUUUCUUGUAUGGUUUUCUAAAAAGCCAUAGUAGAGUUUGUAUUGAUUUCUUUGAAAAUGACACUGUCCUAAUGGGAUGACACAAUCUUCCGUGCUAACAUCUUUGGCCGUUCAGCUUGGAUUCAUUUGGAUUCAAGUUAUGAGCAUUGCCCCCCAAGAGUACAAUCUCAAAGAUGUUGUCUGAUUAUUACAGUAAUUCUGUUUGAGAGUGAAUAACCAUCAAGUUUGUUUUGAUUUGCUUUUGUAUUUUGGGUUUUCCACUUUCAGUAUGGACAGACAAGUUACAGUACAUCUCUGGAAGUUUGUCACAUCUCACUGGGACUCAGUGUUGGAUGCCAUUUGUCCUUUGAUGUACAUUUGUACUGAAUACAGAGCCGUUUAUAAUUGUGUAAGGCCUUCUGGGUAAUGUUGGAAUGUGAUUGUUGGUAUUUAUUAAGAGGCCCGAAAAGAGGCUUAUACAAUCAUUGUAUAAGUGAUCACUUUUUUUUAAUUUUUUAGAUUGUACAUAAAAUGGCAAGACUGCCACACUUUUUUGUGGCUUAUGUUGAAAUUUGGAUUAAGGUGCAAUCACCCUUUCUGCUAAGAUGCAUUUUAAAAACAUUGCACUUUAAUUAACUCAAAUGUCUUUUGAUGAUUGAGUAGGAAUUUUGUUCCAGUUAUGUUAUGUGACUUACUGCCAAAUGUAUUUUACAAGAGGCAGAUCAUUUGUCAUGUGAAAAAGGUAGGGCAGAUUACAUAAAUAAAAAAUCAAACAUUUUCUGAAAUGCUGUCACUUUUCAGGUGUUAUUUGCAAAACACAAUGGCAAAAAAAAAGAAAAGAAAAAAAUCUGCGCAUUAGUAAAAACUAAGCAAAAAGAACUUCUUCAAUAGUUUCCGAACAAGAAUUGCAUACUGAAUAUGUGUACAUUGUAAUUGAUGGCAGUAUGUUUUUAAUUGGCUUCUUUUGAGGUUUUACAUGGCCACUGUAUUUUUUGGGUUUGUUUUGAAAGAUGAAGAUGAAAUUGAAGAGUAGAAAGUAGAAAAAGACAAUUGAGUUUCCCAGUAUCCCAAUGUUUUUACUCAAUAAUGGUGUUUUUUUUUUUUAAGUGUCUAAAUAUAGUGCUCAAACAAUAUUCAUGUGCACAGCUGUAGCAUAGUAUGUUUUUUUUUAAGUGAAACUUUUGAUAUUGUACAUCACAGCUCUCCAGUUCUGAUACCUUUGAGAAUGACCUUAAAAUGUAUAUUUUUCACUCUUUUUGUAUUGUAACAUCAAUGCAUACCGUCACAGAUAAACAUAGAGGACUUCUGCAUUUCAUGUGUUGGUUGACGGCUGUCCACCAGAACAACAUAAACAACCAAUGGAUGGCUCACAGUCAGAUUGACACUUCACUCAAUAGUGAACAGUGGCUCACAGCUGAAGUAACAUCUUAUUAUCACUGGAACAGUAAACGUUGGAUGCUUGAGGAUGAAACGUGGCGAACUUGUAAACAUGUGAUGGACCCACUACUCAAGAGUGAUGUUAAUGAAGGCACCCGCUCAGCGCAUCUGUCCAGGAAACUUUACUGAGAAGCUGUGUUUUGUGCUGCCACAGGCAGAGGGCACCACCGCAGUGCUCCGGUUGCGGCAGGACCGGCUUUUGUGUGUUUGCUCGGUGUGAUUAUGCAUUCACGACUAUGAGUAAUAAUGAGAUAACAGUAAUAACAUUGCUGAUGUUAAUGAUGGUGUGCAUUUUUGAAGCUGUAAUACUGACUGAGGUUUAAUAGGAUACUUACACAGUGUAUUUGUAGCAGUUUUCCCCCCUUAAUAAAAACACAGAUGCACCCA